AUGGUAGAUUUGCAAUUUUAACUUUAGAACAACUUAAUAGAGAAAAAUUAUUGUCGGGUGAAAUUAAAAGUUUUUAUGAAUGUUCUAACAGAAAUAAUUCGUGGUGCAUGUUCACGAUGGAUCUAUUUCAUAUUCUUGGCAACGGAGCCAAUUUCGAUAAAAAAAGAUUUAAUGUCGAUAUUUCACUUUUUGAGCCGCAAAAUCAGAAAAAACCUGUCAAGAAGGUUGUUAAUGACAAAGAGGCACAAGCAAAUCUUCUUCAAGAAAUCGAUUUUUUUCAUAAUAGUAAAGCUGCCAUUAUUGAAACCUUUGGCAAUGAGGAAGUGUCUAACGAAAUAUUAGCUGGAAAUAGUGAUGAAGAUGCCAGUGAUAAUGAUGAGAAUGAUGAAACUAUUGAACAAAAUGGGUUAAAUACAAUUUCUAAUAUAGAAGAGGCUAAUGAUAGCGAUGACAAUGAUGAAACUAUUAAUCAAUUAAAUACUCAAGAUAAUAUCAAAUUGUUCCGUAAACGACAUCGCAUUCGCGUAUAUGGCUCCGAUAUUCCAAACCCUUUUCGUUCUUUCAGUGAUCUUCAAAAUCUAUAUGGUUUUAAAUCUUAUUUAUACAAGAAUUUGGUCUCUGCUGGAUAUAAGAAACCUACUCCAAUUCAAAUGCAAGCUGUGCCAAUUAUUUUAUACGGACGUGAUGUUAUGGCGAUGGCACCUACAGGAUCUGCAACUGCUGCCACACAAGCACAGGAUCCUCAUUUAAGACAAAAAUUUGAUAUUUUAAUUAGUACUCCUCUUCGCCUUGUUCAUGCUAUCUCACAAGAUAACAUUGACCUGAAAAGUGUUCAUCAUUUAGUCUUAGACGAAGCAGAUAAGCUUCUAGAACUUGGAUUCUUGGAACAAACCGAUGAAAUUUUCGCUGCGUGUUCUAAUAUUAAAUUACAAAAGUACUUAUUUAGCGCGACACUUCCUUCAGGUGUUGAGUCUUUAGCAAAUAAUUUUAUGAAAGAUCCCAUCAGAAUUGUUGUAGGUCUAAGAAAUGCGGCAACAGAAACUAUAAAACAACAACUUAUUUAUGUUGGUGAAGAAAAUGGAAAAUUGACAGCUAUAAGACAAAUGAUUCAACAGGGUGGAUUAAAACCACCUGUUCUUAUUUUCGUUCAAUCAAUCGAACGUGCUAAAGAAUUAUUCCAUGAAUUAAUUUAUGAUGGUAUUAAUGUUGAUGUUAUUCAUGCAGAAAGAACAAAAGCUCAGAGAGAUUCAAUUGUUUUAAAUUUUCGUCAAGGAAAAAUAUGGGUGCUAAUAGCCACAGAGUUAAUGGCACGUGGUAUAGAUAUUAAAGGAGUAAACAUGGUUAUAAAUUAUGAUUUCCCACAAUCAAUACAAAGUUAUAUUCACAGAAUUGGUAGAACUGGUAGAGCUGGUAAAUCAGGCGAAGCCAUUACUUAUUAUACAAAAGAUGAUACUCCUUAUUUAAAGAGCAUUGUGAACGUAAUGAAAGAUUCAGGAUGUAAAGUUCCUAAUUGGAUGCUUGAUUUAAAAAAUCCUUCAAAAGAAUCAAAGCAACAUUUGCGUAAAAGACCGAUCAAACGUAAAACCAUUGAUACAAGAUCUGACUACGAUAAGAAAAAAAUAAAACGCAAAAAAGAAAUGGUUGAAGCUUCUAAAAGAAAGAAGAAUAAAAAAAGUAAAACAUCAACUGAUAAUAAAGAAAGUAUUUAA